AUCAAAGCACCAGGGCAACAUCCCCGCUCGCACCGCGUCUCCUCUCUCUCUCUCUCCUAGAAAUUUUGAAGCCUUCGUCACCAAGUAACUCCAUCCCCAAAUCUCCGAACUACGUAUUAAAGGCAACUUUGUCCAACUGCGAAUUUAAACUAGUCUUCCAAAGACUCCUGGAGUAUUGAACUUCGGUUCCGGCCAUGAAAGUCGACGAAUUAAUUCAUGAGCAUGAAAUCCCGGCCUUGGAUUUCCAGGAUCUCCAGGUGAUUUCGGCUGUCGGACGUGGAGCCAAAGGCGUCGUUUUCCUAGCGAAAGACAAAGCCUCUGACAAGCAGCUCUUAGCUUUGAAGGUUGUCUCCAAGGCUCUGAUUGAGGAGAAAGGCAAGGACCGCGGCGAGUACAAGAGGAUCUGCUUUGAGCAGCAAGUGCUUCACCAUUUCCGGCAUCCGCUUUUACCGAGAUUGCGUGGAGUUUUGGCUACACAAAAUGUUGUGGCCUAUGCUAUGGAUUAUUGUCCCGGAGGUAAUCUCCAUUCUCUACGGAAAAGGCAGACUGAGAAGAUGUUCUCCGAUGAUGUUAUUAGGUUCUACGCGGCAGAACUGGUGUUGGCGUUGGAAUAUUUGCACAGUUUAGGCAUAGCUUACAGAGAUUUGAAGCCCGAAAACGUUAUGAUUCAAGACAACGGUCACAUAAUGCUCGUCGAUUUCGAUCUCUCCACGAGAUUAUCUACAAAAACUCCUCGAUCUUCUCCGAACCCCAGCUCGGUCCCCAAACCUCACCCGGUCAAUAAAAAGCGGUUCUCGCUUUUGCACCGUUGGUGUAAUUCCGGCAUCUCGCCUGAGGAAUCGGCGUCAGCUUGUGAAGUCCGCGUCAACUCCGGCGACUCGGAUGAGAAGUGUAACUCUUUCGUCGGAACAGAGGAGUACGUUGCGCCGGAGAUCGUGUCAGGGAAAGGCCACGAUUUCGCGGUGGACUGGUGGUCACUCGGGGUCUUACUGUACGAAAUGCUGUACGGAAUGACGCCGUUUAAGGGGUCCAAUCGAAAAGAGACCUUUUAUCGGAUUAUAUCCAAAGUGCCGGAGCUGACAGGAGAGGCGACGCCGUUGAGGGACCUGAUCGCGAAGUUGUUGGAAAAGGAUCCAAAGAAGAGAAUCGAACUGGAGGGAAUUAAGGGCCACGAUUUCUUCGAAGAGGUUCAGUGGGAUGACGUGCCUAAAAUCUCAAGGCCACCUUUCAUCCCGGGAAAUGAAAGCGAGGUCACAGAGGGAAGGGAAAAUAUAGACGUGGAGUUGUUUGUCCAAGGAAUCUUUGGCAACGGCGAAGUGGAAGUUCCGAAAGGCAUAAACGUCGAGAACCAUAAUAAGGAAGAGAAUACGAAUAAGAAGGCAUGGGUUGAAGAACAGAAUCUCACGACUACUGCAAAUGAUAGAUUUAAUAUUUUUUGAUUCUUUUUUUUUUCCCAUAUUUUAUGAUAUAACGUCUGAUCAAUGAUCAUAUAGCUGCAGAUAUAAGUUUGUAACUGAUGAUCGAGAUUUUUGUUUCAUCAUCGUAUAAUUGUAUAUUUAGCCGAUGAAAUAAUAAAUUGAAUAAGAAACAAAAUUUUCAAACUA